AUCUCCAAUAUAAGGACAAGGAAGGUAGUAUAAAAUGAGUAUAUUUCUAUACCAUACUUUCUUGCUUGCCAUUUGUUCAGCAUAAAUCUCAAAACUGAUAUCGCAGCUACCGAAUAGUCAACUAUGGCGAGUUUCGUAACAAACCACAAGGCUCCGUACGAUGCUCUCUCGCCAUCUCUUCCUGGACGCUCCCUAGCCGGCAAAAGCGCCCUCAUCACCGGCGCUAGUCGAGGCGUAGGUGAACACAUCGCUCGAGGCCUAGCCGAAGCAGGCGUAUCACCCAUCGGCCUUCUCGGGAAAGACAAAGCCCGCAUCGAGAGUACCAGGGAGAAGUUCGGCCGUGAAUUUCCACAGACAACAUUCGUCGCCUUCGCUGCCGAUAUCACAGACGCAGAAGCCAUCGCCGCUGUAUUCUUCAAUUUCGGCGCUCCAGAUAUCCUGGUCAACAACGCGGGCGUAUUCCCAGACGAGGGACCAUUCGUGGAACAAGACCUGAAGGAGUGGUUCUCUGGCUUCGAGACAAAUGUCCUCGGAACUGCGAUCGUCACACAGCGAUUCUUGAAAAUCGGAGACCGGCCAAAAGAUGCUAUUGUGAUAAAUGUCGUGAGCAUGGCGGCGCACACGCGAUUCCCGGUCCCCGGCUGGUCGGGCUACAGUGGUAGUAAGAUGGCUCAGGCGCGCAUCUUCGAGAACAUCCGGUUCGAACACCCUGAUGUGCGAUUUAUCAAUGCGCACCCUGGUCUGCUUGAUACGGAUGGCUUUGAGCGCUGUGGAGCACCGAUGCCUCCGGGGGGGUGGGCGGAUGGGAAGUUGACGGGAGGUUUCUUCGCGUGGCUGGCGACCGAGGAGGCCGCUUUCCUCAGUGGUCGGUUUGUAUGGGCCGACUGGGAUAUCGAGGAGUUGAAGGCUAGAAAGGAUGAGAUUUUGGAAAAGGACCUGCUUCUAACGACUGUAGAUGGGUUUAAUAAGGGGUUUUAGCGAGUGUCACUCGUGAAAUUGAGAUUCUCUGAGGGAGACACGGCGGUCUCCAAUGCACUCGAGAUUUAGUUUCCAUUGCGGGGAAGAGGGCAUUUAUAUUGGAAUAUUUAAAGAUCUGAGGUUACCAUGCAGUUAUAAUCUAGAACACAGAGAUUAGCUUACUAUUUCC